CCACGCGCACGCUGCCGCUGCCGCCGCCGACGCGCGGCACCGCACCGGUCCGAUCGCGCGCCUGGCGCGGCUCGGCUCCCACCGCCCCACGCACCCCCGCCCCGCCCUCCAGAUCCCGAUCCCAAAAUUUCCUUCCAUUUCGGCACCACCCUGCCGUGCCCGUUGCCAAACCACCGCCCGCCCCCCGGCCGCGCCAUGGCGGACUGCCGCAGCCUCAUCGAGUUCCUCCGCGCCUUCGAGCAGCACCGCCGCCGCGGCGCCCCCUCCUCGGAUCCUUCCUCCCCGCGGGCCCGCCGCGCGUCGCUCUCGUCCUCCUCCUCGUCGCGGUCGCGGGGCCGGGGCCGGCUCUUCCCCGCCCUCUGCGACCACUCCCCGCUGGCCGUGGUCGACGCGCUCGCGCUCCUCGCGUCGCUCGCGGCUCUCGCCUUCCUCGCCGCGCCCUACGCGCGGAUGCUCGCCGCCGAGGCGCGGGACGCCGUGGCCACGGUGGCCACGCGCCACCCGGCCGCGCCGUGCGUCCCGCUGGCCGCGGGCGUCGCCGCGGGGGCCGCCGUGCUGGCGUGGGACGCCGCGGCGCACCGCGCGCGCAGGUGCGGCAGGCCGCGGUGCCGCGGCCUGCGCAAGGCCGUCGAGUACGACAUCCAGCUCGAGACGGAGGAGUGCGUGCGGGGCCUGCUGCCGCCGGCGCCGGCGCCGCACGCCGGGGGAGGCGGGGCCGCGCCCGCGCGCCCGGCGUCCGAGAUCGGGGACGACCACCGGGAGCUCGAGGCGGUGCUCAGGAAGAUGGCGCCGCCCAAUGGCCGGACCGUGCUCAUCUUCCGCGCGCCGUGCGGGUGCCCAAAGGAGAGGAUGGAGGUCUGGGGCGCCAAGAAGGUGCGCCGGAUCAAGAAGUAGGCCAACCAACAGCCGAUGGCUCUCCUCUCCUCCUCCCAUGGCGAGAAAUAAUGAGCGAAUCAUUACCGUGACUGCUCCAUCGCAAAUAAUUACAGUUUCUGCAUACAUAAUUGUAUUACAGUUCCCUGCUCUUGUAGCAAGUAUAAUGCGCUUAAGGAGAGGAAUAAGGGGGAGGUAGAUACAAUGUCAUCAACGACCAUUCCUUGGAUUAUGCAAUAAGUGGCUGUUGCCUGUUCGGUAUAUAAAUAAGUGCAGCAGAGACAAAUCCUUUUUGGUUCCUUGGAAACUCGUUUAUGCCAUCUGAAUGACCACAUCUUGUUAGUUAAUAUA